AUGUACACGACGAGUUCUCUUUUAUCAAGGUUUGACAAUGGCAGCGAUAAGUUUUAUAAUUCUUGCAUUUUUGGGCGUUGUGUAUGGCUCAGAUGUUAUCGAACUCACGGAUAGUAAUUUUGGAAGUAGAAUAAAGUCUAUGGAUCUAGCUUUAGUUGAAUUUUUUGCACCAUGGUGCGGCCACUGCAAGCGAUUGGCUCCAGAGUACGAACAAGCAGCUACAUCGUUGAAAAAGAAUGACCCCCCUGUUUCGUUGGUCAAGGUUGACUGUGUGGGAGAGGGUAAGGACACUUGUGGUAAGCAUGGUGUCAGUGGCUAUCCAACAUUGAAAGUUUUCAGAAAUGGUGAAGUACAGAAAGAUUAUGAUGGUCCUCGGGAAGCCAAGGGUAUUGUGUCGACCAUGAAGAAGCAAGCUGGACCAAGCUCAAAGGAGGUGGCCGAUGUUGAAACGAUGGAGAAGGUUCUUGCUGGAUUUGAUGCUGUUCUUGUUGGUUACUUCACAAGCGAUAGUGACAUGAAAAGUGAAUUUCUUAAAUCUGCUGAUGCUCUGAGAGAGAAAUAUCGCUUUGCUCACACAUCUGAAGAAGCAGUUAUGGAUGCACAAGGCCACAAAGAUGAAAUUGUGCUGUAUAGACCAAAUCGUCUCAAGAGCAAAUUUGAGGAAUCAGUAUUUGUCUAUUCUGGUUCAGCAAGUCGCAGCAGUAUCGAGAGAUUUGUGGAAGAGAACAUUCAUGGUCUUGUUGGUCAUAUGACACCAGAUAACGAAGAUUCAUUCAAGAAGCCUUUGGCCAUUGUAUACUUCAAUGUCGACUACACCUUGAAUCCUAAAGGUACAAACUACUGGCGAAACAGAGUUCUAAAAGUUGCCAAAGAUUUCAAAGAGAAGCUCAACUUUGCCAUUGCAUCGAAAUCUGAAUUCGCUCGCGAGAUGGAGAGCUUCGGUGAUCGCGAAAAGGAUGAGGACGUUCUCGUUGCUGUGAAGAAUUACGCUGGUUCAAAGUUCGUCAUGGCUGAGAAAUUUAGUGUAGAUAACUUCAAGCAGUUCGUGACAGACUAUUUGGAUGGAAAGGUGGAGGCCUUUAUCAAAUCAGAAGACGUUCCUUCAGAUAACGAUGGUCCGGUCAAGGUUGUUGUUGGCAAAAACUUUGAUGAAAUCGUGAACAACCCGGAAAAAGAUGUUCUUAUUGAGUUUUAUGCACCGUGGUGUGGCCAUUGCAAGAGCUUGGAACCAAAAUAUAACGAACUUGGUGAAAAGCUCAAGGAUGUUGAAAAUGUCGUGAUUGCGAAGAUGGACGCCACAGCCAAUGAUUCGCCUCCUCAAUACGAAGUCAGUGGUUUCCCAACGAUCUACUGGGCGCCAAAGAAUGGAAAAGACAAGCCCGAGAAAUAUCAGGGUGGACGAGAGGUUUCUGAUUUCGUCGACUUCAUCAAACGAAAAGCGAGCGAUCCUGUCGAGCUUCCAGAAGACGGAAAGAAGAAAAAGAAAUCGGAAAAAGACAAAGAAGAUUUGUAAAUUCUUAGAAACGUUUUAUAAAAUAAACGCUGAGGUGCAGAAAAACCAACAAUCGGAGAGGAACGCAACGGACUCCAUUUUGUGCCUCGACAUUUUACAAACAAAUUAGAUAAUUUUGAAUAUUCGUUUAGUAUUAUGUAUAAUCUGAGAUAGAUUUUUCGUGAGUUUCUUUGGCACUCUUUCCGCGUGAAUAUUAAUUUGUGGUAACAAAUAUUUUGUGUUGCAGUU